UUGGCCUGGAGGAGCAGAAUGCUGCCAUUUAAUCGGAAUGUGAAGCGUUGUGGCUAGCUGACUCCGUGUCGCCUCCGAGUUGGCUGGCUAAUUUCGUUGGUUCCGAAAAAAGUGGAUGUCAAAUUAGACUAAAACUGAGAAGAUACAGGAUUCAUAAGUACCAUGAAGCUACUUUAUUUAUGGGCUAGACUUGCGUGUAGUUUAUUUGCAACUAUUCCAGUCUCCGGAUUCUACCUUCCGGGUUUAGCUCCAGUUAGUUUUUGCGAAGAGGACGGGAAAACCAGUGACUGUCAGAAUAAGAUCCAGCUGUUUGUAAAUCGACUGGAUUCUGUGGAAUCCGUCCUGCCCUACGAGUAUGAUGUGUUUGAUUUUUGCAAAGAUGAAGAGGAGAAGAGGCCGUCAGAAAACCUGGGCCAAGUGUUAUUUGGCGAGAGAAUCGAGACAUCGCCUUACAAGUUCAAAUUUGGGAAAGAUGUGUCUUGCCAAAAGGUGUGCAGCAAAUCAUAUGCUACGUCUAAUCAAGAGGACAAAGCCAAGUUGGACUUUCUCAAGAGAGGCAUGGAGCUGAAUUACCAGCAUCACUGGAUUGUUGACAACAUGCCUGUGACAUGGUGCUACCAAGUGGAAGAUGGUCAGCAGUACUGCAACCCUGGCUUCCCUAUUGGUUGCUUAGUAACCCACGAAGGACGGCCUAAAGAUGCCUGUAUCAUCAAUGCUAAGUUCAACAAGAAAAGCACAUACUACCUCUUCAAUCAUGUGGAUAUCACCAUAACGUAUCACAGCGGGGACAAUGAGAACUGGAGAGGUGCUCGACUGGUGGCUGCCAGACUAGAGCCUCAGAGUAUUAAACACGGUGAUGAGAACAGUCUGUCAUGUGAAGGCUCACCCAUGGAGAUACCAGUGGAUUUCUCUACCGAUCUGAAAGUGACCUACUCUUAUUCUAUCAAGUUUGAGUCCACAAAUGCGAUCAGGUGGGCAUCAAGAUGGGAUUACAUUCUGGUUUCUAUGCCCCACUCAAACAUUCAAUGGUUUAGCAUUAUGAACUCUCUGGUCAUCGUGCUUUUCCUCUCCGGCAUGGUGGCCAUGAUCAUGCUGAGGACACUACACAAGGACAUCGCCAGGUACAACCAGGUGGACCAGGCAGACUUGUUUAAGAUCCAUCUACACUCAGGCGCUGCAUAUGAGGAUGCGCAGGAGGAGUCCGGGUGGAAGCAGGUGCACGGGGACGUGUUCAGGCCGCCUCCCAAUGGGAUGCUGCUCGCUGUCUUUCUUGGGCAGGGCGCACAGAUCUUCAUCAUGACCUUCAUCACGCUCUUCCUGGCUUGCCUGGGAUUCCUGUCUCCGGCCAACAGAGGUGCCCUGAUGACAUGUGCAGUGGUGCUGUGGGUGCUUCUAGGCACACCCGCUGGCUACGUAUCAGCCAGGAUCUACAAAAGUUUCGGUGGGGAAAAAUGGAAAACCAACGUUUUUUUGACAGCUCUUCUGUGCCCCGGCAUCGUGUUUGCGGACUUCUUCCUGAUGAACCUGAUCCUGUGGGUUGAGGGCUCGUCAGCAGCCAUCCCGUUCGGCACCCUGCUGGCCAUCCUGGCUCUCUGGUUCGGCAUCUCCGUGCCGCUCACCUUUGUGGGCGCCUUCUUUGGCUUCAAGAAGCCGGUAAUGGAGCAUCCAGUGCGGACGAACCAGAUCCCACGCCAAAUCCCUGAGCAGUCCUUCUUCACUAGACCUGUGCCAGGCAUCGUCAUGGGUGGCAUCCUGCCCUUUGGCUGCAUCUUCAUCCAACUCUUUUUUAUCCUCAACAGCAUCUGGUCUCAUCAGAUGUAUUACAUGUUUGGCUUCUUGUUCCUGGUCUUCAUCAUCCUACUCAUCACCUGUUCAGAAGCCACCAUCCUGCUCUGCUACUUCCACCUGUGUGCUGAGGAUUAUCACUGGUGGUGGCGAUCGUUCCUUACGAGCGGAUUCACAGCAGUUUACCUGCUCAUCUACGCUGUGCAUUAUUUCUUCUCCAAACUCCAAAUCCAAGGGGCCGCCAGCACCAUCCUUUACUUUGGCUACACCAUGAUCAUGGUGCUCAUAUUCUUCCUCUUCACAGGUACCAUCGGCUUCUUUGCCUGCUUCUGGUUUGUGAAUAAGAUCUACAGUGUGGUGAAGGUGGACUAAAGGCUGAGGCUGGGAAGCGGGGACCCCUCUCCUCCCUUCUCAGCUUUCGCUGCCCCACAUGCUGCAGGUAAACCAUUUGCAAGUCAAACGCAUAUCUGAGAUCUAAACGUCCUUCUGCUUUGCUUGGAAUCUGGUGUGUUCUGUCACUAUUCUAUGUUUCUACUGUCUGUAGUUCAGCAGGUGUAGUUUGCACAAUAACUUUUGUUUUUUUUCUGUUGGGACCUUCAGAUAUAUGGUGUAGUUGUAUUCUGGUUGGGGUCAAGGUGUAAGGUUGGAGUUUUAUGUUUGUUAGCAUGAAUAAAUGAUCAUAAAUUGGGGGCUCUCUUUAAAGGAAGCGUUCAAGACCAUUGUUAAUGGAGUCCUUGUGGCUGAUGCUAAGACCUCAGCCUCAGGGCUUGUCUAAAUGCUGUGAACAUAUUUGCAUUCAUCGCUUUGAAUGUCAUGGGUAUGCAGGACAUGUGGCAAAGGACGAUUGAUUAACAUUAUUAAACGUUUGCACAUGGAUAAGGGCCCCUUUUCACCAACUGUAGAAGCAGAAAAAGAGACGAGUGGAAAAAUUUAGAUGGUUGUCAAAAGAACAUAUACAUUUAGGGGUUUGCCACCUCGUGCACCUUAAGCCCGAAAUGGCAGCAAAAGUGAAGGACUCCUUAAUUUCUCAUAAAUAAUGUAUAAAUAUGUAUCUUAUGCUUUUAUAUUGAAAUCCAAAUGUUAAUUCCUUUUUUACCUGUUCUGCUGUAAGUAUAUCAUUUAAAUGGUAAAACAUGAAGUUCUAUGAAAAUGUGAUUUUAUUUUUCUUUUAUUGACUUUUAUCUCUUUAUUUCUUAAAAUAAUUGUUUUAGGACAAAAGGUAAAAGGACUUGGAAAUGGUAUAAAUGGGUGUGUUUAUGGGAUCACUGAGAAUUUGUUAUCAUCAAACCUGUUUUGAUUUAGGGAUAUUUCAGAUUCAAUGUUAAACCACUAGAUUCAGAGCUAAAUGUAUAGUGUCUAAAGCAUUACCUGGUUUAAAACAGAGAUGAUACAGAUAUGCUGCCAAACUUUAUUUGAAGAACUUUAAUUCCAAAGCCCACUGCUUAUAUUGAGCUUCACUGAGCUAUAUGACGUGUACAUAAUGAUCCUUGUACCAUGGAGCAAAAAUAAAGCACAAUGGAAAUCAUUA